UCCACCUCCUCCUCUUGGACGAACAGGUGAACACUCGGGCGGUCUGUCGUCCCUGGCAACGUUCGUUAUGAAAACUAAACGAAAACAAAUGCCCCCAAAAGACAGCGACAACACAGAGCUGGCGAGACAACAUGCUCUGAAAAUUGGAAAAGUCAGACAGCGGAUACAUCCGUGGACAGCGACGUCGUCGGCAAGUUGGGACAGCCGAGGCAGAUUCCACCGCCGGAUAGGAUCCCACGCAUUUCCGUCAGCUCCGAGCAGCAGGCCCAGCAUCUGUGUUAGUCCUGCCACGGGAGUCCUUGUUAGUCCUCGACUGACACUCGGACUCGGCGACACUCGACGGCAUACUGGGGAACUGCAUAGACAUCGACUCGGUGGCCGUGGUGCAGCACAAGCUGGUGCACAGAAUAGUAGGUGGCAAGAUGUCGCCGCCCGUGCUGUACUACCUGCCGCCCAGUCCGCCCUGCCGCAGCAUUCUGCUGCUGGCCAAGAUGCUCGACCUUGACUUCGAGCUGAGGAUCGUCAACAUCCUGGAGGGGGAGCAGCUGAAGCCGGACUUUGUGGCCAUGAACCCCCAGCACUGUGUGCCGACCAUGAACGACGAGGGUCUGGUGCUGUGGGAGAGUCGAGCCAUUCUAUCGUACCUUGUGGCAGCCUACGGAAAGAGCGACGAACUAUAUCCCACGGACAUUAGGGUGAGGGCCUUGGUGGACCAGCGACUCCACUUCGAUCUGGGCACCCUCUAUAUGCGACUUACGGACUACUAUUUCCCCACAAUGUUUAUUGGAGCUCCCUUGGACGAGGGAAAGCGCGCCAAACUGGCGGAAGCUGUGGGCUGGUUCAACUCGAUCAUGGAGGGCAGACAAUUUGCCGCCGCCGAGCACUUUACCAUCGCCGAUCUUACGCUUCUGGUGACCGUUUCCCAGCUGGAGGCCUUCGAAUUCGAACUGCGACCCUAUAAACAUAUCCGACAGUGGCUCGAUCGCUGCAAGGAUCACAUGGCACCGUUCGACUACGAGGAGUUGAAUGUCAGCAAGGCCAAUUUGCUGGCCGAUAUGUUCAAGGCCAAGAUGAACCAAUCUGCAGGGUCAUAGGAUUUUUUAGAGCAGUGUUAUACCAGUAGAAUAUUAUAAACAUAAAGUAUCAGUUGUCUAAGUGUUGUAUUAAAUAAAUGUGUUGUUUCUUGAAUCA